UGGAGGCUUGUUUGCUGGAUUUAAAACUGAAUUACAGUUAAGAUACAGAGGAUUUAAAACAGAAUUGCAAAUUGUGGCAAAAUGGAAAAACAUGACUACACGCAAAAAACCCAGAAGAAUGUCCUGUGACCAUAAGGAUUUAGUUGUGGAACACAGCAAAGGAAAGAAGAAAAUGAGUCCAUACCUUAGCUUUCUGUUGUUGAGUUUGGUGCUACUGGACAGGGAAGUGGUUCUUUCCCAGGAGUGCACCAAAAUCAAUGUGAACACCUGUAAAGACUGCAUCACCUCUGGUGCACUAUGUGCCUGGUGUAAACAAAAGAAUUUUACAAACAAAGGGGAGCCAGAUUCAGCUCGCUGUGACACCAAGGAACAACUGGAGAAAAGAGGUUGCACAGAGACCAACAUUAUCAGUCCUGACAGUGUUUUUACUCCAAGUAUGGAUAGCCCCCUUAAAAGCGGCAGCCACCCAAUUCAGUUGGCACCACAGCAAAUAAAUCUGGAUCUUAGGCCUGGCAAGCCUACGACUUUCCCUGUGAGGUUCAAGCGUGCUGAGGGAUACCCAGUGGACCUCUACUACCUGAUGGACCUCUCCUACUCCAUGAACGAUGAUCUGAAAAAAGUGAAAGACCUGGGGACAGAUAUACUAAAGGCUCUUAAAGCGAUCACCCCUUAUGCACGAAUAGGGUUUGGCUCUUUCGUAGACAAAACGGUUUUGCCAUACACAAACACCCACCCAGACAAGCUGAAGAAGCCGUGUCCAGAUACUGAACAGCAUUGUCAGGCAGCGUUUGGUUACCAGCAUGUACUGAGCUUGACGGAUGAUGAGGCCAAAUUUCGGCAGGAGGUCUCGGCUCAGUUCAUCUCAGGAAACCUGGACUCACCUGAGGGAGGACUGGAUGCCAUGAUGCAGGCUGCAGUCUGUGGGGACAAGAUUGGCUGGGGCAACAACACCCGUCUGCUGGUCUACACAUCUGAUGACGGGUUUCAUUUUGCAGGAGAUGGCAAACUUGGUUCUAUUCUGACUCCCAAUGAUGGCAAGUGCCAUUUGGAGGGAAAUCGGUACACCAAAAGCAAUGAAAUGGACUAUCCAUCUGUGGGUCAGUUGGCACUGAAGCUGGAUGAAAACAACAUCCAGCCAAUCUUUGCCGUUACCACGAACAUGCAAUCUGUGUACAAGGAACUGAGUGACAUGAUACCCAAGUCUGCUGUAGGAGAGCUCUCAACUGACUCCAGUAACGUAGUGACUCUCAUCAAGGAUGCGUAUAGUAACCUGUCCUCGACGGUGAUUAUUGAACACAAUCGGCUUCCAGACGGGGUCUCCAUCUCGUAUAACUCAAACUGUGCUGAUGAGACAAGGAGGCAUGAACCCAAGGGAUCUUGCAGCAAUGUGAAAAUCAACAAUGAGAUUUCUUUUGAUGUAACUGUAACUGCAGAAAGGUGCAUGGGACCACAGUCCUUUGAAAUCAGACCCCUGGGGUUCAGAGAGAAGCUGACUGUGAAAAUAACAACACCCUGCCAGUGUGAAUGUGAUGACCAGAGCAAUCCUGCUGACUGCACCAGCAAUGGACAUAUUGAGUGUGGAAUCUGCAACUGUAACUCGGGUCACGUUGGCCAGAACUGUGAGUGUCGUGUUGGGGAUAAGACCGAAAAGGAACUUACCCAAAGCUGCAGAAGAGACAAUGGCACCAGCAUCUGUUCAAACCUCGGAGACUGUGUGUGCGGUGUGUGCCAGUGUCACGCCAGCGAAACCCCCGGAAAACUGAUUUAUGGGACAUUCUGUGAAUGUGACAACGUGAACUGUGAACUGAACAACGGCAAGCUCUGUGGAGGACAUGGGAAAUGUGACUGUGGGAAGUGUUUAUGCGAUGAAAACUACCAGGGCAGUGCGUGCCAGUGCUUGAAGUCAAAUGAGGUCUGUAAGAACUCCAAUGGCACCGUAUGCAGCGGGAGGGGCCACUGUGAGUGCAACGUGUGCAAGUGCAAGCCUGGCUAUCAGCCACCUUUCUGUGAAGAGUGCCCAGCCUGCCUGUCGCCCUGUCCAAAAUAUGCGGCAUGCAUUGAGUGUCUGGGAUUUCAAAGUGGCCCAUACAGUAAAAAUUGCUCCAAAGCAUGCUCACAUAUCACACAUACAAAUGUGGACAAGGUGGUGAAUAGAAAGGUCUGUAAAGAAAAGGACUCUGAGAACUGCUGGAUGAUCUUCACCAUGGAGGAAUUGGAUGGAGAGAAUCAGUAUAAAGCUAUUAUAAGGAACGAACGAGAAUGCCCUGAGCCCCCCAACAUCACUGCCAUUGUGGCAGGUACAAUCGCGGGUGUAGCUCUCAUUGGCUCGUUCCUCCUGCUAAUCUGGAAAUUCGUCACCUUACUGCAAGACCGUCGGGAGUAUCGCAAAUUUGAAAAGGAAAAGGCAAACGCACAGUGGAAUUCAGCUGAUAAUCCACUUUUUAAGGGUGCAACUACUACUGUCAUGAACCCCAACUUCUCUGGCGACUCGAGCUAAAUGUAUGACAGACAGCAACACCUCUAACUAUUUGUUCCCUUUUUUUGUUUGGUUAACAUGUGCUAUUAAAUUGGUACCCGCUGAUGCUAACAGCUUCUGAUGGAAUUGUAAGCCUUGCCUGUGUAUUAAAAUGGUCUUUCAGAAGAUGCUUCUGAACCAGAUUUGCUUCUAAACAGUAUGGGAGAAUACAUUAUGCAAACAGUAACAGGAUAAAUGCUCCAAAUACAAUGUACCUUAAUUUAUUGUUGAUUUUCAACGAGGAUGCCCAUGUAAAGAUAUGUGAUCAUAUCAAGGAGGUACAGAAAGUCUACCUCACUACCUUGGAGGCUGCGGUAUACAUUUAAAGAUCUGAUACAAAGAACAUUUGGAAAAACAAAUUACCUAAUGUUAAGCUGUUAUAUGCAUACAUAACUUCAAAAACCCAGCACUAAAGUAGUAUUUAGUAUCAUUUUUGUGCAGAUGUCUGUUAGUACCUGUUCCAAUGACAUCCCCAUUAUCUGAGACAGAGCAAAUAGCCUUGUUAACAAAUAAUGCAAAACAGCUUUACUAGUAAUCCACAGCCAACUCAACCCACAGUAACAAUGUAUUAUGUUUUAUUGAUCUAAAACAGUUGUGUUACCAGAGUACACUUGUAAACGUGUUAUAUCACAGACCUCUUCUCCCCUGUAUUACUGCUACAGCAGCUAAGUAAAUCUGACAUACUGUAUAGAUAUAUAGACAGAAAUUACAUCCAGUAUGUUCACCUAGACUAGCAUAGCUGGACAUAAUAAAUUGGCCUAAAAUGUUAUGUAAAUGAUUGUCUGACUUUCUCAUGUUUUUUGAAUGUUACACUUUGGACAUUAAUCUUAUUAAACAAUAGAGACACAAUAUAAAUAAAUAUUGUGCCUCUAUUUUUUAAUAAGAUUAAUGGCAUGUGCAUGCCUUUCUAAAUACAUGCCAAGAUUCUCAUAACAUGUUUGAAUAAAUGGUAAUCUUAUUGGGCACAGCAUAUUUAAUGUAUACAGUGACUUUUUAUGCAAAUUAGUCUUAAGCGAACCUCCAUCUAGUUAAUGAAAUACCUACUUGUAUUAUUAUUAAUUAGUCAUUUAGCAGAUGCUUUUAUCAACAGUGACUAGGGGGUGAACUAUGCAUCAACAACUGCUGCUGCAGUCACUUACAAUAGGACCUUGGUUUUAAUUCUCACCCAAAGGACGGAGCACAAGAAGGUUAAGUGAAACUCAGGGUCACACACAGUGAGCGAGUGGCUAAACCAGGAUUUGAACUGUGAACCUUCUGGUAUCAUGCCAUUUCCUUUAUCCACUGGACCACCAAACCUACUACUGUGAAAUCCAUAUUGACACAAACGAUCACACCUGUACAAGGAGCAUGUAGUUCUGGCUUUAGACUUUCAUUUAUUCCACCCCAUUAUCACAAUGUGAAAGUUUCAGAUUUCCAGACCCAGGUGAUGUAUAAGUAUGGUUUCCAGUUGCCCCCCACCCUCAAAUUGUACUCCAGAAUACUAUUUAUAAACCAUUAGGGUGGAAAUACACACAAUGUUAUGUAAUUUCCCGGUCACUCCUUAUUGAUAGGUUUGACUGUUUGCUUUUUGCAUCCGUAUGUUAUUCAAAUCAUCUGUAUUGCAGUACAUAUGAAUUACUAUGAAAUAAUAUAUUUUUACAAUGCUUUUAUCUUACAUUUAGGCAUUCUGAAAUCUAAUAAAAUACCUGAAUGCAAGUAGUACAAUAAAAAAAGAGAACUGUUAAUAAA